UUCAAUGGAACUUUUGAUAUAUACCUAGCUUCGUCUUACUUAGUUCCAAACCCUAGAGACGGCGAAUCUGCUUCCCUCCUUCAGGGUUCCAGGUAAGUGGAAGGGUUGAGAGCUGCAGCGUCUUCUUCAGUAUUAACCGAUGGCUCCUCCGAAAGAGAGUACAAAGAAGGCUGAUCCUAAGGCCCAGGCUGCUAAGGCUGCAAAAGCAGUAAAAUCAGGACCAACCUUCAAGAAGAAGGCUAAAAAGAUCCGAACGAAAGUUACAUUUCAUCGACCUAGGACAUUGAAGAAGGAUCGGAAUCCCAAGUAUCCUCGUAUAAGUGCUCCACCUAGAAACAAGCUUGAUCACUAUCAGAUUCUCAAGUUUCCUCUCACCACCGAGUCUGCCAUGAAAAAGAUUGAAGACAACAACACUUUGGUCUUUAUUGUUGACAUUCGUGCUGACAAGAAGAAGAUCAAGGAUGCUGUGAAGAAGAUGUAUGAUAUUCAGGCUAAGAAAGUGAAUACCUUGAUUAGGCCUGAUGGUACCAAGAAAGCAUAUGUUAGGUUGACGCCAGACUAUGAUGCUUUGGAUGUGGCGAACAAAAUUGGAAUCAUUUAAGCCAUGCAUGGUCAUUUCUGAGCAAUUUUCCUUCUUUUUUUUUCCGGUUAUCCAGAAUGAGACAGUUAUGUUGGAACUUUGAGCCAUGGUACUUGGAAAUUUAGUUGAAAGUUGUAAUUUUGUGCCAUUGAAGGCUGUUUAUUUUGUGUCUUUAUUGAUCUGACAUUGGGACAGUGUAGGCAUGAAGUUUAAUCCCCAGAUUCUAGUUCUUGUGCCAUGGUUUGGCAUGUUUUUGAAUGAUUAUUA